AUGAGCGAGAGAGACGAGAGAGGCAGAGACGAGCAGAGGAAGAAGCGCAAGAGAGCGACAACGGCCUGCCUUGCGUGUCGCGCGCGCAAGACAAAGUGCGACAACCGCCGGCCCUGCAGCUUCUGCGCGGCCAACGGCGUCGCCUGCGCCUACACAGAAACCUCUCCGACGGUAGAGCCGUCGCAUAGUGAUCUGCUGGAGCGCAUCAACCACGCCGUCGCGCUGCUCGAGGCGCUUCCCCAGGCCUCCCCUUCUCACCACAACAUCAAACCAGCGUCAGCGUCGGUACAUAUAGAGGCGGGUGUGGAUAGAAGCGACUUCACGGCCGAUGGCUUCGGGCAGCUGGAGAUUCCAGAGGCGGCGGCGGCUUUGAUUGCAUGCGAGUCGUCGCUGUCGUGGAGCUGCUUCAGCGGUCUUCCCGCGGUGCAAGCUGUGAGCUCGUUUCUACUACAGUCCGACGCUGGCUUCGACUCAGACGGCAUAGGCACAGGCAUAGGGAUAGGCAUAGGCAUAGGGAGAGGGAUAGACGAGGUGGAUGCGGUGCCUCUGUGCCAGCGCUUCCUCGACUCCUUUUACCAGCGGAAUCCCGUCCUCGACCCCGUUGAGCUACUGGCAGACGCCCGCCGCAUAUCAGAGCAUGGCUUUGGCUGGGACGGCCGGACAUGUCUCGUAUUGCUGGCGUGCGCUCUCGGCUCGCUGCCUCAUGCCAACCAUGUCCCCUACAGCAAGAGGGCAUCAGUGUCAGCGUCCUCCCCAGUGCCGUCCUCCCGCACCGUCUCGGACGCCUAUUACGCUGCAGCCAGGAAGCGACUAGGUACGCUGGACCCUUCAGUCCUCGCCGUCAAGUGCUAUUGUUAUGCGGGCAUCUACGAGAAGUCCAUCUUCCAGCCCCUGCGCGCCUGGCCCCUUUUCCAGCACGCCUGCGCUCAAUACCAGGCCUAUCUCUGGCGGAAGGCCAACUUCCCUCCUCGUCCGACCGUAGAGCAGAACACGACCAGCUACACAGAGCAGCGUCUCUACUGGUUCUGCGUCAAAACCGAGUGUGAGCUUCGGGCAGAGCUGCGUCUGCCCCGUGGCAGCAUCAUCGAGUUCAAAUAUCCCGGCUCCUUCUCUGGCCUAUCCAUGCCUCCCCCUACCGGUGCAUCUGGGCCCGCAGAAGAGAGCAGCUGGUUCUACUACCUGGCCGAGAUCUCGCUGCGGCGCAUCAUGAACAGCGUCCUCGAGGCCUUUUACUGCCGGCAAGAGUCCUGGUGGUCCACGCACAACUUCGCCCUCCUCCUCUCCCAGUUCACCUCCUUUUCAGACCAGCUUGAUCUGUGGCGCCAACAUAUUCCCCUUCCGCUACAGUUCGACGACCUCGAAACCCCAGACAGCGAAUUCGCUCUCCUACUCAAGGGCCGCUAUUUCACAUGCCUCGAAUGGACGCAACGCCCAUUCCUUCAUUACGUCUUGCACCACACCCCCGACGACCCUUACUACCCGCAGGCAGUGCCCAUUGCCCAGAGAAGCCUACAGUCGUGCUCCAACCUCAUCGUUGCAUGCUCCUACAACCACCGUCACGGCGCCACUUGGUCUGUAGUCAGACGUGCCCUGACAUGCGCUAUUUUGCUCCUAGCAGCCGCUAGAGGUCGCUUCUACGCUCCCUCGGUCGAUUGGGAGGCCGGCAUUAGAACUACGGUACAGUAUAUAGCUAAAUGGGAGCGGGAAGCGGUGGACCUGCAGUGGGCCAACCGUGUACUGCAAGAUAUCUUGCAUGACACCCUCAAACGGCAGUCAUCUAUAUAA